GCUCCGGGGUGGUCGCCCGGCCAGACGCCACCAGUUCCGGCGCAGCCACGCGGAGCGCCGUCGGGGGUGCGUGUCUUGCUGCCGCCGCCGGGCGCAGCGCUUGCGGGUUUAAAGAAUGAAGAGGAGCAAUUUAUCUCUCGUGGAUAAAACUGUCCAGCCUUCACCAGCUUCAUGGCUUGGAUUCUAUUCUUCUCUCAACCAGACUCAGACGUCCCCUGUUCUAGACUGGGGGAGUUUCCCACAUGUAGCAUUAUGCAUUUUCCAGUAUCUUCCUUUAGUAGAUCGGGCCCGGGCAUCUUCUGUAUGUAAGAGAUGGAAUGAAGUUUUUCCUAUUCCUGACCUUUGGAGAAAGUUUGAAUUCGAACUGAACCCGUCAGCUACUUCGUAUUUUAAGUCCACUCAUCCCAGUCUCAUUCAGCAGAUCAUUGAAAAGCAUGCUGCCCAUCUCCAGUAUGUCAGCUUUAAGGUUGAUAGUAGUACUGAAUCAGCAGAAACAGCCUGUGAUAUACUUUCUCAGCUGGUAAAUUGUUCUAUCCGGACUUUGGGCUUGAUUUCAACGACGAAGCAAAGUUUUAUGAAUCUGUCCAAGUCUCAUUUUGUGUCAGCACUUACACUUGUUUUUGUCAACUCAAAAUCUUCCGUCAAAAUUGAAGACUCACCAAUGGAUGAUCCUUCAUUGAAGAUUCUUGUAUCCAAUAAUAGUGACACGCUAAGACUUCUAAAAAUGAGUAGCUGUCCUCAUGUUUCAUCUGAUGGAAUCCUUUGUGUAGCUGACCAUUGUCAAGGCCUUAGAGAACUGGCAUUGAAUUAUUACAUUCUAAGUGAUGAGCUUCUCCUAGCACUUUCGAGUGAGACUCAUGUUAACCUUGAGCAUCUUCGAAUUGAUGUUGUGAGUGAAAAUCCUGGACAAAUUGAAUUUCACUCUAUUAAAAAACCAAGUUGGGAUGCACUUAUUAAACACUCCCCUGGAGUUAAUGUUGUUAUGUACUUCUUUUUAUAUGAAGAGGAAUUUGAGACAUUCUUCAGAGAAGAAACCCCUGUUACUCACCUUUAUUUUGGCCGUUCAGUAAGCAAAGCAGUUCUAGGAUGGAUAAGCCUCACUGGUCAGCGAUUCGUUGAGUCAGUGGCAUGUGCUGAUGGUCUUCAGACUCUUGAUGAACUUACUCGUAUUGGCGAACACUGCACAACCUUAACAGCCGUGGGCCUCAGUGAGUGUGAAGCCAGCUGCAGAGCAUUCACUGAGCUUGUGGGAUUGUGUGGGAAAAGGCUAACCCAGCUCUCUGUGAUGGAGGAAGUUUUGAUCCCUGAUGAUUUUACCCUAGAAGGAAUUCACACGGAAGUCUCCAAAUACCUGGGAAGCAUAUGGUUCCUUGACGUCAUGCCUGUCUGAUAAUUGGCCACCGAAGAUCCUUAAGUUUUUUAAAAAAAAUCAGUGAAGAUAACUUCUUUCUGGCUAUGCAAAUGUAAAUUUUAAGAUGCAUUGCCAAAAUAUUCCAGGUAAAAUAUUUUAUUAUUUGCAAACUGUCUUAAGGGAUUGUAGCAGAAACAUUUGAAAAAGUGAGAAAUUUGAAAAGCCAGAAAUCUCCCGUAGACACAGACACUGUACUGUGGAUUAGAUAGUUGAUAAGCUAAAAACUGGCGGGUGCUUUCUAGAUGAGCUCCUUAAAGGAGCCUUCCUUGAAGGCGUAUUUUAGCUUGCUUAAAUAAAUUUAUGAUAUUGAGCUUUGAAGUCCAUAAAUUAUGACAUUUAAAACUUUAUGUUGCUUUAAAUGCUUCUGUUUCACCUUGGUAUUAAUAUAUUUUAUAAAAUAACAAGUACUAAAAAUAUUAAAAUCAAAAUAUAGAUACAGAGGCUGACUUAAAUGUACUUAAUUUUUAGCACUAUGUAAGAUCAUUAUGAUUCAGUAAACAACUUAUAAUUUCUAAUGCACUCUGAAUUCUACUUUAUUAACUUGGGAGAAAGUGGCCAUUAGAUUAAAAUUAAAUAAUGCUAAUUCAAUUAUAAGAUACAAUGGUUGCUAAUGGAUUGAAUAUACUACUUAGAUAAAUAGUAAAUUUUCCUGAGUGUGUUUGGGAAGGAAUCAGCAUUAACUAACUUACUACUAUGUACCUGGAACAAUGCUUUGCAGAAAUGAUCAUACAGUUUAACUCAUACAAAACUCUUUAGUGGCUAUGUAUUACUAUUAGGAGGAAGAUAUGUCCUUAAGAUGACCUACAAGACUCUCCGUGGUCUGGCUUCUCCCUGCUUCACUGCCUCAUUUUCAACCAAGCUGCCCCUUGCCCUUCUGCUCCAUGUCCUUCAGGUCCUUAGGACAGCCGUGCACCCUCUAGUCCCAGGACAUGUGUACACAUUCUUCUUUCUACUUAGAUCACUCUCUUUGCUCCCUUAGCUCUUUCUCUUAGAUGUCAUUGUCUCAGGGGAGCCUCUGUGACCCUCAGCACCCCGUGACUUAGUUUGUAAUUUGUAAUUUACUUGAAUGAUUAUCUGCUUAUUACGUGCACUGUACGCUCCAUCCAUGCAAGAUGACUGUUUGGUUCUGCUCAUUGUUGUAUCCCUAGCACCUAGCAUAAUAUUCAGCACACAGUAGGCACUCAAUAAAUAUUACUUAAGUACUCUCUUUUUCACACUUGUUCCCGUAAGUCCUCCCUUCCAAUAUCUUAAAUUUCCUUCUGCAAAAACAGACUAAAAAAAAGUUAGAGAUAUGUUCAUUAUUUUCCAGUUUUGAGUAUCUCUAGUCAAGAAAUUUCAUUUUAAAAAUAUAUUUCUAAAACACUAAAUACAUUUUAAAUAUUUUUAAACUAAUUUCUAUUAAAGGAAUUAGAAUACAUGGUGAUUUGUAAGUGAUCAUUUUUAAAAAUAGUAUAUUUUAUAUCCCUUUAUUUAGAGACUGCACUUGUACAUACAUUCUCACCACUGCACCACAGUCUUUCUCACGGUGAGUUCCGUAAAAACAGGCAUCUCAUCUUACUCACUUUUGAGUAUGAAACUAUCAGAACAGGGUGGGUACUAAUGUACAUUAACUAAUGUACCCUGAUGUGUACUAACUCAAUACAUGCUGGUGGAGCUGAUAUGUUGGCUAAAAUAAAAAACCAUUUCCUUAAAGACAGUUAUUACUAUUGCAAAUCAUAUAAUUUAUGACCUUAAGAUUUGAGGGGAGUGCAGAAGCAGUAUAUCAUAGGGAACUUAAAGUCUGAUUAGUAAAACAGGACAAACAAAGGAAAUGGCCUAACUGAGAUUGGGGGGAUUAGGCUGUCUGGAGAGCAGAGUGACGGUGGAAAUACUGAAGAGAUAAACCUGCUCUCACCUGGCAUUACUUGAACAUGAUACAGUGGAGCAGGGAGGUGGGCGUAUACGUACCUGAAUGGUAAGGUGACAGUGCCAGUGGUGUUUGCACUGGAGUGUAAAGAAGCAAAACAGACGGGAGGAGAGAGCUCAAGGGGGAGUCUCUCCCUGUAGCCUACUAGCAUGCAGAUACAAUGAGUACCAGUGGCCUUUUUUAUAUCACGUGAGAAAUUGCUCCUCUAACUGGUCUUCAGUGACCCAGGAGUAAAACCUAGUGAACUCAGCACUAUAGUGACAAUCUGCCUAUCUUCCUAAUCUACAGAGUAAAACCUAACUGUUGAGCUCAAUUAAAUGACCAUGGUUUGUUUGACUUACUGAGUUGACAAACCGAAAAGCAAACAUUUUUAGGAGAGCCAAAACAAGACAAGAAAAUACAGCAUAUUUUUGAUGAUUAAUCAAUGAAAAUGUCUCCAUUUACUUUGGAAGACAAUGAAAAGCACUGUUUACUUAAGGUUAGAGGAUUAUAGAUGAAUGAAUGAAUUUGAUAUUAGAUGGAUUUCAAGCUUUAGCCUUUGAAAAACACUUUAGUUCUGUAAGCAAAUUUGUCCAUGUUAAAAAUAUUUAUUUGCAUUUGUUAGAGCGUUUUGGAAAAGGAUAAUUUCGUGGGCAAAAAAUAAAUGGAGAAAAUGAAUGAAAAGGUUCUGUUGUAGGUUGUACUGAAGAGGCACAAAAGUAGGAAUCUCAAAGUUUUGUUUUUCCUUCCUUAUGAGCCUUACUCUCAUUUGUAUUGUACUAAAUAUCCGGAAGAUAGGCAGAUUGUAAAGUUAUGCCACUAAAUGUGAUCAAUGUUGUAUAAGGAUAUAAGAAUUCUUCUAUGGCUUGGCUUCUUAAAUUGGCCACUUGUUCUCCCAUUAAAUUAUUUUCCUGAAGAAAACGAAAAAUCUUUUCUAAAUAAUAAUUGAUUUAUUUCCCUAAUUAAUUUAGUCAUUGAACCUAAAACCUGACAUAACUUUUAAGUAUGUAUUAUAAUCAUAAUAUUAUUUUAUGAUAGAUUAUAAUCAUACUAUUAUAAUUGUACUAUUAUUUCUCAAUCAUUGGAACAUUUACAAUACUGUAAGUUGAACAUGUGGACCCUAAAACCUUAAAGAAAAGGAAAUAAAAAAAAAAUCAAAACCCUCUGAUACAAUGCACCAGAGGGCGCUGUACUCUUGUUUUUCCUUAGAAAGCAGUCCUUUAGUCUAAAGUUUGCGUUUCCAUUCAACAGAUUAUGAGAGUGCUUGUGGAAUGCUAGGCUUCUAGAAGGCAAUGUUCUUGGUCUACCUUGGGGAAGUUCUCCGUUCCAGGUAAUGAAUCUGGUUUUUUUAAACCAGUUUCUUAACGUUGAUUAUUUAGAAGGCAAAGCAUAUAUUUCAUUGUUCAAACAUUUUAGAGCCCCUUUAAAAACUGCUUUUAAAAUCUGUGUGCCCUUUUUCUUUUUUUGCAUUCUCAGUAGGAACACUGCCUUUUUCCUUUGAAAAUGAAUUUAAUUUCUGAAAACAACUUAAAGUUAUUUGGCACUGAGGGGGUGAAUAAGGUAAAGGUAGAAGAUAAAACGAGACAGUGCUAUAAUUUUCUUUUUUUCAACCGAAAAUUAUUAAUUUGCUAACAUUGUAUUAGAUGUUAUGACACAGUAGAAAAUAAUAUUUAACUUGUUGUAAGAAAGGGUAAUUGUGUUGUAUAGACUCUAAACUAUCUAAGAGUCAUCAUUCAUUCUUUCUUUUUCUGGGAUACCCUCUUGCAAGUCCUGUUACCUCUAUAAUAUAUUAUCCAUAAUAAUAAAUACCCAUGAAAUUACCUCCCAACUGUAAAACUCUAGCAUUGAUAGUAACUUAAAUUUCUCUGUGUAGUCUUUCCCUAUCUAGCCCUGAUAACUAGUGUUCAUUAUUUGGUUGGUUUCCUUUUUAUGUACUCUCACCAAAUAUAUGUGUUCCUAAAAAUUAUGUUUUGGUUUUAAUUGGUUUUACUUUCUUAAAAGAGUAUAAUGAUAUAAUAUGUGAUAUAUGACAUGUGAUCUUUUAGACUUUUUUUGCAAAAUUAUAUUGCUAUGAUUCAUCCAUUUUUCUAUAUUUAGCUAAGGUUCAUUUAUUAUGACUGCUUUGUAAUAUUCUAUUCUGUGCUUAAAACACAAGUUAUUUGUCCACUGCACUGUUGUGGGUACUGGAGUUGUUCUAGGUUUUGCUGUGACAUAUAAGUGAUGUCAUGAACAUUCUCCUAGCAUUGUAUGUCCUGGCAUACAAAUAUAGAUGCCUCCCCAAUAAUAAAUUCAGCUAGUUACAUUUUCUACUAACUAAUCUACACUAAGAAUGGAAUUGUUCUGCUGGAGUUUUCUGUAUACCAAGAGGAUUUAAGCAAAAAUUCAUGAGGAGUUUCCAGAAUGAUGAGUUCAGCUUCCUCAUUUAACUGACUAGUUAAAAUCUAAGGAGCCAUCAUUUAUUUCUGGUCCUUUGAACGUUUGUAUGGUCUUAUAUCCCCUUAGUACCUAUUGUCAGCAUAACUAGGAAAGAAUAAUAUAUAUAAACGAUGAUACGUAGAAUGAGGAGCUCGGAUAUGCAUGUAACUAGAUGAGGCUGCCUGAAGUGUUUCCACAAGAUACUUCAGGUUAAGACAGACUUCUUUCUCUUUCUAGUACUCGUUGUAUUCAGUCUCACUGAAAUCAAGGUUAUUACAUAUUUUCUUGAAUUGCCAUCAUCCAUUACCUAGAAAAUCUACCACUCAUAUAGAAUGUGGGAAAGCGUGUACAUGUAAGAACAGCAAAUUCUGUCUUAUCCAUCCAAGCAGCACACCCUCUAACCAGUUUGACAUCUCUAAGGAUAUUGCUGAAAUUCUUUACGAUCUUCACUCAAAAGAAGGCUCCAGUUUACUCAGUUACUGUUUAUUAAGUACGUGUGUAUAUGUCUAGCACUGUACAGCACUCUAUUCUUGUGACAUAAAAACGUUAGACCGUUCAUUUUCAAGCAGAAUGAUAGCUAGGUUUAGAAGUGUCCAAAUGCAGUCUAUACCAGCUUGAGUUCAUAUGUGUAUAUAUCCUAUGUAUUCAGGACUGAGAAAUCUUCAAAAAAAAAAAUCUCAGAUCCCAUAGGU